AUGCUGCGCUCUGCAGCCUCUGGCGGCACGGUGGGUCUGCCGCCGCCGCCGCACGCGCGCCUCUCGCUCUUCGACUCGUGCCACCGCAAGAUCCGGCUCAUCGGCGGCGGCCCGGUCGCCUUCCUCGGCGGGCUCGUUGCAGGCUCUGCCGCCCCACUGGCAUUGGAGUUCAUCGGCUCCUACAUCGACAGACCGCAGCUGGCUCGUACCCGUCUAGAGCGGACCGCGAGGGGAACGGCCAAUUGCGGUGCCAAUAAAUCGUCAAGUGAAAUGGAACAUUGCACGGCUCGGAACGGUACGGCUAAUAAGCGCGUCGGAGGCACGACACGCGCUCUGCGUUGCGAUUGGAACAGUGCUGCAAUUUCUAACUGUAAAGCAAAGCGGGGACCGCAAAGUUGCUACUGCGGCUCACGACCAACUGCCAGCCUAUUGACAGUCGGACGUGGCGGUACCGUUAAGUCUCAUCGAUAUUCCGUUGUGAUCGCGCGCCGCCCGUUGGGACCAUUCGGCGACACUUUUAACGUUCCGUCACCCGAAGCCAGGAGAGAAGGAGGACGCACGUUUAUCAGAGCGCGGAGGGCCGCGUUGCGCAAAAGCGCCUCGCGCGCCUCCCGCGCCCUCGGCCGCUUGCGCAACUCGCCUCACACGAGUACCAUCCACUCGUGUAAAGUACCCCCCCCCCAACAACCCUGGUGGGCGGCCGCCCGUCGCUCCCCCCCCCCCCCCCCCCUCCCCCUGACCGCUCAAGCAGAAGUCCAACGGCCGAUCGGCCGCAGAGCUGCGAGAGGGGCCCCGCGGCACCAGCUGAAAUGCCUAUCGCGUGCCGGCGCUGCUGCAGACGGUGCUUCAAUUCGUUUCACUACCUACACAUUGAACAUAAGUCUCAAU